AUGCGCUUCAAGACUACGUUUCGCAAUACGAUCUACGACACACUGCUACGUCGGGGUUGGAAAGAGACAACUGAGAACGACUGGGACUUUUACUGGGCUGACCGCGAGUACAUAUAUGACUUGCUUGAUACCGUACACCUGGAAAACACGCAGCGAGUGAACCACUACCGCAAUGGACGAGAGUUGUGUCGUAAAGAUCUGCUCAUCAAGAACCUCAAGCGUGCUAAAAGACAAAUGGACAAGAAAGCAAGGUCGGAAGAUGCCGUAAUGAGUGAGCUGGACACAGUCCUGGGCUCCUACGAUUUCUUUCCUGUCACGUAUAUUCUCCCCGGUGAGUAUGCUAUCUUUGUGGAGGAGUUCAAGCGCAACCAGGGCGUUUGGAUCAUGAAGCCCAUUGGCAAGGCGCAAGGCAAAGGUAUCUUUCUUUUUACGAAGCUGAGCCAGAUUAGCGACUGGCGAACAGACUUCCGCUGGCGACCUGAAAACCAACAGGUGGAGACCUACGUCGUACAACGCUACAUAUCCAACCCGUACCUGGUAGGCGGCAAGAAGUUCGACUUGCGUCUGUACGCGCUAGUGCCAUCCUUCUUCCCGCUCGAGAUUUACCUCUUCCGCGGUGGCUUCGCACGCUUCACCAAUUCGCGAUACUCGAACAACCACAGUGACAUCGCCAACUCGUUCAUCCACCUCACGAACGUUGCCGUCCAGAAAACAUCGGAGAACUACAACAAGAAGCAUGGCGGAAAAUGGGAUCUGCGAAACUUGAAGCUAUACAUGAUGUCGAAGCACGGCCCUGGGCGUAUUAACAAGCUUUUCUACGAAAUUCAACUCGCGAUCAUCAAGUCGUUGCUGAGCGUGGAAAAGAUCAUUAUGAACGAUAAGCACUGCUUCGAGCUGUACGGGUAUGAUGUCAUGAUCGACGAGAAUCUCAAGCCGUGGCUACUGGAGGUGAACGCUUCGCCAUCUCUUUCGGCCAACACGUCAUCGGACUAUCAACUCAAGUGUGGCAUGCUGAACGAUAUGCUCGACAUCAUUGAUCUCGAGAACAAAAAACCUGAGGGUGUCGUCCGCGAGCAUGUCGGGGGCUUUGAUCUCGUGUAUCGUGACGGAAAUGUCGUCAAGAAGAGCGAGAGCUGCAUGUACACGACUUUCCUGGGUGCGGACUGGCAGCGAACGCCAGCAACGCGGUCAGGCAGUGCAAGCAGCUCGCAGUCGUGA